UUUAUACAUGUGAUUUAAGCAUUCGUAAUGGCAGGGAAAUGAAUCAGGUGAUGUUGACUUAAUACUUUGACAGCGGAACAAGUUGAGCAAAAAUGGCUCAAAAUUAUAAACGGUUCAAAGAAGAGGACAAAAUUAUCAGCAUAAGGGGUGCUAAUGAUGACUCUAACCCUAAGGACGGAGGGGACGUGGGGUGCUGUGGGUACAUCCUGUGGUUCCUGUCCGUAGCAGUCAUCAUCCUCACCUUCCCAUUCUCCCUCUGUCUCUGUAUCAAGGUUGUGCAGGAAUAUGAGAGAGCAGUCAUUUUCAGACUCGGUCGGUUGAUUGCAGGGGGUGCAAAAGGACCAGGUUUGUUUUUCAUCAUCCCCUGCAUCGACUCUUACACCAAAGUGGACAUAAGAACCGUGUCAUUUGAUGUUCCUCCUCAGGAGGUUCUGACGAAGGACUCUGUGACAGUAGCUGUUGAUGCUGUGGUGUACUACCGCGUCCAGAACGCCACCAUGUCAAUUACAAACGUGGAGGAUGCCAACCGAUCUACACGUCUGCUGGCUGCCACCACACUGAGAAACGUUCUGGGGACCAAGAAUCUCAGUGAAAUUCUGUCCGAAAGGGAGACAAUCAGUCACUAUAUGCAGGGUAAUUUAGAUGAGUGUACAGACCCCUGGGGUAUCCGGGUAGAGAGGGUGGAAAUUAAGGACGUCAGACUGCCAGUCCAGUUACAGAGAGCUAUGGCCGCGGAGGCAGAAGCAGCACGAGAGGCCAGGGCUAAGGUGAUAGCAGCUGAGGGAGAACAGAAGGCUUCACGGGCUCUGAAGGAAGCCGCUGAUGUCAUCACGGAAUCCCCGGCCGCCCUCCAACUCCGAUAUCUACAGACCCUCAACACAAUUUCUGCUGAAAAGAACUCGACCAUUAUAUUCCCGUUACCCAUUGACCUGCUUCGGUCUUUCAUGUCUCGAAAGGAAAAAUAAACACUCAUUUAUAUAUCAUUGACUGCAAUAGAAAUCAAAUUUUGGAGUGCAAUGUUCAUUAUCUAGUCAUUAUUAUUAAAUACAAAUGUGAUUUGUUUGCUAUAAUAGGUGUUGUUAGAAAUGGAACAUUAUUUAGAGAAUAGUGCAUAUAUACCCUUUUUCAUGUAACAUCCUGUAUCAGCCCGAGACACCAAUAUCAGCCAGAGGGCCAAGGGCUGAUAUUGGCAGAGUAGCACAGGAUGUAAUAUGUGGAAAAGGGUACUUUAAUUAAUGUUUUAUUAUGUUUAUUACAUACUAAGUAAUCAAUUCAAUUCAAUUCAAUUUCUUUAUUGAUUCACCAAACAUGUUGGCAUAUACAACCAUGUUACAUAUAAAAGACAAAUAAUAAAAUACAUACAUACAUGCAAUCAUAUACAGUGCACACCUACUUGAGCAUAUACAAUUAUAAACAAGUAACUUAUCAAUGACUACCUUUUUAUAUCUAAGAAUAGUAAUUGGAAAGUUAAGUAAUGGGAAAAGUGUAGGUGUAUUUUUACAAGUAUUGUUUUUAAAGAUUAAUUUCCAGGGAGUGUGAUAUAAAUCUAUAUUAGCCCUGCAGGAUCCAUAUCAGUCCUGGAAGUUGAUUUGGCUAUUGUGAUGUCAGGCAAUUGCAAUACAUAUAGAUAUAUAAUGCAAAAAAUGUACUUUUUUACUUAUUAUGUAAUAAAAAUGUGUUAUAGUUAAAGGUUUUAUGUAUUGUAUUAAUGUGCAUGGUGCUAUAUAGAAUCCUUGAACAUUUUAAAAUGAACCGGGAAAUUUUCAUGAAUUAUAUUUGCACCAUUUGCUUGUUCUUGAUGUGUUCAUCAGACAUAAAACACUCGAUCCAUCUGAUAUGUAAUGUUUUAGAUGCAGCUUUAUUGUAAAUUCUCUUUGUUUAGCAUUCAUUUUUAUUUCAUUCAUUUUAUCUACAUGAUCAAAUAUGAUGUUCUAUUUAAUAUUGUCUUCUCAAUCUUACAGUGUCUAUACAUUGUACUAUUAUAUAAUGAUACUCAGUGAGAAAUUAGUCAUGAGUGUAGUUUCCUUUUAUAUUCAUGUUUUGUUUAUGAUUUGCAGUGAUAAAUGACCUCAUCUGAUAAAUUAUUAGAGUUAAUAAUAUAUGUACAUAUAAUAUUCA